ACUUCAACUCAGUUGUGCGCGCGGCCCUAUGUGUGCGUGCGCUUGUAAAUAUACAACUUUCAUUCGUGUGGCAGUGACGCGGCAGUCGUCGUUCGAGCAAGACGUGUUCCUAUCGCUUUUUCUUACGGGUACAGUCGUUUACGAAAAUGUCUAGUUCUUCACGGAAAAAAUGUUUAAGGAGUCAGACUCGAGAAACCAUUGCUAAGGUAUACGAAUUUCUGAAAAUAGAUGCGAGAGAUAUAUUGGAACUAGUAAGUGAUCCAGUUUGCAGUGCAAGUCCAAUUUUAAUAUCGAAACUAAGUGAACAUUUAAAUAGCGUACGGAAAAGAACAGCAAUGGCAGUGGGGGUAUCAGAGAGAACAGUUACUAAUAUAUUGGCUGAAGGAAAAGAAUCUGACUCUAAGUUUAAAUCUCCGCAUAAAGACCGUAAAAAACGUUUAAAGAAGUUAGAAUUAGACAACUUUAACGUUGAUGUUAUACGUUCCACUAUUCAAAAUUACCAUUUAGAACAUCGUGAGUUACCUACCUUGCUAAAGUUGAAAAGAAUAUUUCAAGAUAAACUUAACUAUGAUGGAAGUAUUUCGACUCUGCGUACAGCUUUGUUAAAGUUGGGAUACAAAUGGCGAAAAACUGUGGAUAACAGACGUGUUAUUAUAGAGCGGCAUGACAUCCAAAAACUACGAUUUUCCUACCUAAAAAAUUUACUCAGAUACCGUCAAGAAAAUCGGUGUAUCGUAUAUACAGAUGAGAGCUAUAUCUUAACUAAUCAUGUUCAAAACAAAGGAUGGGGUAAUAAAGAUGGACCACCUUUAAAGAGAAACCUGUCGAAAGGACAAAGAAUUAUCAUUGUGCAUGCUGGUUCAGAACAAGGUUUCGUACCUAACGCACUAUUGACAUACAAAGCAAAUAGUGUUUCUGGUGAUUACCAUUCUAACAUGAACGCGGAAAACUAUGAAAAGUGGCUAAAAGAACGUCUAGUACCGAAUCUUCCACCUAACUCUGUGGUUGUGCUUGAUAAUGCCUCAUACCAUAACGUUCAAAAUGACAGAGUAUACAGGAGGGGACAUAAUUUAGCAAUGGGCAGAUGGGAGGACAGUGAUUCUAGUCCUCGAAUCACUAUGACGUUAAAAAGCCCCGGAUAA